UUUCUGUGCACGAAACUUCACGCUCAGUGUCGGAUCAGCCAUUGGAUUUACAAGACGUACUAGUUCUAUCGCCUCUGCUUAAACCGAGUUAAACAUAAUCACAUUGCUGUGAAAUUUUUUUGUGUGAAAAAGUGUGAAAAUUUUGAGAGUUCCUACCUGAAAGUUGUUAAAUAGUGUUCUAAAGGAAUAUUUCUUGACCUUUUGCCAUCUCCAAAACAAGAAAAUCACAAGAUGCCUUAUCUGCGGAAGUGCUGUUGCUGCUUCUCCCUUAAGACUGGAGGAGUCAUUCUGGGAUGGCUGGGAGCUGUUACUAGCUUUCUUGUGCUCGUAGUUACCAUCAUUGCGCUGUGCAAUGUCGAUGUUUUAGUUAAAAUGAUCAUGGAACAUGCUCAAGAUAAUGAAGUUACAUCAGAUGCCAUCAAAGCCUACCUUCAAAUUGGCCUCGGGGUGUACAUUGCAAUGUCCUUGGUUGCAUUGAUAUCAGCAUCCCUGCUAAUCGCUGGUGCAGUUCGACGCAAUCGCUAUCUUCUCCUGCCGUGGCUCAUCUCAGGAGCCAUCAAUCUCGCCGUGGGUCUCAUCAUUACCAUGGUCCAGGUGGCUAUGACAAUGUCAGAGAACGUUGCAGAAGGCUUCAUCACGCUCGUCUUCAUGUUGGUGAUGUACGGCUUUGGGGUCUAUAUCUGGCUGGCCAUCAUGUCCCUCUUCCAGGAAUUGCGCCAGGAAGAAUGCAACGGAGUUGGUGCUGCAGCUCUUAUCUACAAAGCUCCACCAGCCAAUGAUGGACUACCAGCAUACUCAGGCCUUGCCUAAAUAUCUCUAGCCACUAGCUCCUGAAUCCUUUAUACACCUUUCCCACUCUGUAUAUCAAAAACAAAUCUUUUUGUAUAUCUCUAUAACUUGUGAAAAAAAGUACACGGCUAUUUUUGUAGAUUAAUUAAGUGAGUACGAUGGGAAAGAAGUUAAACAAAGCUGUGAAUUAUUCGAUAUAAUUAUAUUUUCAUUCACGACUUCUGUUGAAUAAGUGCCGCAAAGGCUUCGUGUUCUUUCCAUAAGAAUACGCAAAGUUUCUCAGUUUUUUUUCUAUAAAUUUAAAAUUGGAAUAUUGAAUGUGUGUGAAAUAAGGUUUUUACAGCAUUAUGAUAACGAAUUUAUAUAAAUGGAGAAAUAUAUGAUUCAAGAAGAUGUGAGAGAGAAACACUUGCUCUCAUUGAGAAGCAAGUGGUAUAUUUUUGAAUUUUGUUUUAUUUUUUAUCUCACAGUUUUAUAAAUAAAAAUUCAGUCUUAAUAUAUACAAAA